AUGUCAAAUCAAACACUUUUCUUUCACCAAAAUGAAACCAUCAAAAUCGCUUAUAAGAUACUCGACCAUGGCAGCCAGGAAACCAAAAAUCAAAUACCUUUGAUUAUGAUAAUGGGAUUGAACGGAUUAAAAGAGGACUUUCAGCCUUUAUCUGAUGCACGAGAAAGACAAGGACUCGGCGAAUCACAACAACCCCUUGAAACUUCCAUGACUAUAGAGGAUUUAGCAAAACUUGUGUUCAUGCUAGCAAAUCACGUUAAAUGGAAACAAUUUCACCUUUUAGGAUACUCUAUGGGCGGAAUGAUUGCUCUUACAACGGCAUUAAAUAUUUCACCAGGGUUUAAGAUCGAGAAACUGAUACUUUGUUCGACAUCCUCAAAAGUGACUUUCAGCAAAUAUGUCGAAGACUUGAAAAAACUCGAUAAACUAAGUUUUACACCCGAGCGAAAGAGACAAUUCAUACUGAGCUUGUUAGAACUCAAUUUUACAAAAGAAUGGAUUGAAGCAAAUCCAAAGAUUUUUGCUAAAAUAGUUGAAGAUGAAAUAGAGUUCAUGAAUCGCAAAAGUCAUGCUGUGAUUGCUAAACAGAUACAAGUAGUAGAGAAAUUUGAUGCAGAAUCGAAAAUAAAUGCCAUUCUAAUUCCGACUCUUAUCAUUCACGGCGAUAAAGAUAAGGUUAUUCCAGUUAAUCAUGGAGAAUUUAUUCAUCAUAUAAUGCCUAGUUCUAAAUUUAUUAAGCUAAAAAAUGCUGGACAUCUGUUUUACAUAGAGCAUCAAGGUUCAGUUAAAAUUAUCAAUGAAUUUCUUACAUCAAAGGAUCAUUCUAUUUCCUAG